GAUGAACUGUAAAUAAUACUGACAGAUGUUUGUAGUCGGUUUAAUUCAUCUAAAUUAUUUGUAUGUAUUCUUGUAUUACAUCACAUAUUAAAGGUACAUAUAUCGUGGUCCAAGCCGGAGAAGUCGUUCAAGUCUGGGGUGACAUUCCGCUUAUGACGGCCGCGCUUUUUCUUUUGUUUACUAACUUUUCGCUCUCUUUUAAAAUAUUCAACGUAGUGUUGAAAAGGGAGACAAUCAGAACAAUAGUCAAUGACUGUGAACAAGAAUUAAUUAGUGAGAAAAGAGAGAGUGGAAGGAAGAUAAUUGCAAGAUUUAAUCGUCAGGCGAGGCUUCAAUUGUUCACGUAUAUUGCAUUAUCUGCGGGCACAGUAGUGGGCUGGGCUGCCAGUGCGCAAAAGAAUCAGCUUCCUUUGAGAGCAUGGUACCCCUAUGACACGACUCAGUCACCUGCGUAUGACCUGACAUACAUUCAUCAGUGCGUAGCAGUGGGAUUGGCGGCCUCUGUAAAUAUCAGCGUAGACACGGUGGUGACGUCCUUGGUGGCGCUCUGUUGCUGCCGCUUGCAACUGCUGGCUCUAUCACUGCAAACACUUUUUGAGGACUUGCCAUUACAAACUAAGGGUCUCCUUCACCCGUCAGUAGAGCCGGUAGCGUGGGUCCGUCUAAAGGAAUGCAUACAGCAGCACCAAACGACGCUAAAGGCAACAGCUUUGGUGCAACGCUGCUUCUCGUUGCCUGUGCUAGCGCAGUUCACCGUCUCCGUGCUUAUUAUAUGUGCAACCGCAUACCAGCUUUCUUUUGAAACCGCAAACUUUAUCCGUACGGCGUCGAUGGUUUUCUACUUGAUCGUAAUGAUGUAUCAAGUGUUCAUUUACUGUUAUCAAGGGAACGAGAUUCAAGUAGAGAGUGAGGCAGUUUGUGAUGCGGCAUACGGAAGUGAAUGGUUGCUCUGUACACCGCGCAUGCGCCGCGCCUUGGUUUUGUUGAUGACGCGUACACGCUGCCCCGUCAUACUAAGCGCUGGCGGCCUUGUAAACCUCUCACUGAAAACUUUCAUGGGGAUAAUUAAAGCAUCGUACACAUUCUUCACGGUUCUACAAGGAGCUGGUUACGGGACAAAGUAG